GCUUCCUGUGUGUUAAUAGUAAUGACUCGUGCAAAUUCGCGGUUGUGACCUGAUGCGGAGGUGUGUGCCAUUUCCAACACAUAUGGCGCCUCGUACCGUGACGUUCUUUCACUCUUCCCACUGAGUAUCCUACUGUAAGUCUCCCUGACACAGAUCGUUACUGUACGCAGAAAAGCUCGAGAGAGGAAACAGCUUCCUGGGUAUCUGAUAAUGACGGGAGUUAUUUUAUCCUGGCCUGCGCUUGCGCUUGCGCUGCUCCUUCUCUUCAUGGUGAAAAAGUCCCCGAGUGGCGGCAAGCGAAAGGCGGGCGUGAGUGGCGAGGGGUGGAGGCGGCAGCAGACUGCCAGUGACCUGAGAUUCCGAAAAUACGCAAUACAGUACCGUGACCGAGUGUACACUAAUAAUGGCAGGAUGCUUGCAUUCUGUGGAGUCCUCGACGGUGGACAACUUCGAAAGGCGCCUCAGCAGGGUACCUAGAGUUCAAGAACUCCUAUGUCUUGAGUGCAGUAUCAAGAUGCGAGUGCAAGAUAGCAGUCGAGCAGCGACGCAUGGAUACACUACAACAGCGAUCACACCCUGGCGAAACAUACUGUGUCUAUGAUUUGAAUGCAAACCACCGAAUGCAAGCUCAAGGGAAGAAGCCUCGGCUGAUGAGAUCGAUACAAAUCCUGGGGGAGACGGCUUUUCCCUAGUGUACUGUGUAAGUCGAGUUUGGCG